CAUAAAGAGUCCAAGCUGCAGUUGGCGAUUUGGUCUCUAGACAGCUACAGAUAUUUCUCACUAUUAUCCUUUAAAAAAAAUCCGCUCCUGUAUAUACAAAACAGUAAAGUUAACUUGGAGGUAUUUGGAACGUUUUUGUAAGGUCUCGUCGUCUUCGUGUGUAGUCGUAAAGCCAGUUGCCAUGGCGUCUCCAGGCGGACAGGGAGGAGGUGCACUAUCUACGAGAGGGGGGGCGGGGGCCCGGCGGAUGAAAUGGGCUCUGGAGCUCAGUAUGGGCAACACGAGGGGCCGUGGGGACAGGCAGAGUGGCCAGGGGGACGUGGUCUACCCCAUCGGCUACUCGGAGAAGCCCGUCCCUGACACCAGCGUCCAGGAGACAGACAGGAACCUGGUGGAGAAGAGGUGCUGGGACGUGGCGCUGGGCCCCCUGAAGCAGAUCCCCAUGAACCUGUUCAUCAUGUACAUGUCUGGGAACACCAUUUCCAUCUUCCCCAUCAUGAUGGUGGCCAUGAUGGCCUGGAGGCCCAUCCAAGCCCUCAUGUCCAUGUCUGCCACAUUUAAGCUACUGGAGAGCUCCAGUCAACAGUGGCUCCAGGGGCUGGUCUACCUGGUAGGAAACCUGCUGGGCUCGGCAUUGGCCAUCUAUAAGUGUCAAUCAAUGGGGCUCCUCCCAACACACUCGUCUGAUUGGCUGGCCUUCAUAGAACCCCCUCAGAGAAUGGAGAUCAUGGGAGGAGGGAUGGUCUUGUGAAAAGGAAAUAUUACACAAACACACACAUUAGCCUUUUCUGAUGCAAACAGUGUAAGAUGUCUGUUCUGUUGAUAAAUAUUCAUUUGGGAGCUGGCUAGCUUUCCUUUUUA